AUGGCUCCUAGUUCGGCUCCUGCAGUAUCUAUUGAACCAGAGUUGUGCCCUCAUGCAGUAAUCGACUGGUACAAAUUAACAGGAUCAACAGAUUAUAGGCGAGGUAGGGGGAAAAGAGACCUAUCCUUAAAAGCAAAGCAACAUCUAUGUGCUUUGGGUUGGAAUUUGUGGUACAUUGAUAAGCAAGGUAGAUGGGAAUUGCGUUAUACAUCACCCAUCAAUAGCAGGAACCAUAUUUCUCUCAGAAAGGCAUGCGAAAGCUGCAUACGAGAGGGAGGUUGUGGGCCUCAAAAUGUUCCCUUGAUUCUGGAAACAAAGGGUCUUCAAGUUGAGCGUGAUCAUGAUUAUCAGCCUUCAACAACUACAGCCAUGUCAUCAUCUUCUGCACAGCCACAAGAACAACCAAGAACAUGCAAGAAACCAAGUGCAAGAGCGCAGCCCAGAACAUGCAAGAAAAAAGAAAGGGAGUCUUUUGAUGAUGAUGAUGAGGUGGAUCACUCUCAACCCACGAGUGAGCUUGAUCAGGCCUCUUCCACUACAGUGAUUUCAUCUUCUGCACAAGCACAUGUGGUACCAAGAAAAUCCAAGAAACAGAGGGCUGAGCCAAAAAAAUCCAAGAAACGACAAAGGGAGUCAUGUGAUGAUGGUGAUGAUGCUGAGUGGAAUCCAAGAAAAGACAAAGGGAGUUCCAUAGGCGGUAAAAGAGGUAAAGUCUUACGAUCAAGGAAAAGGGUGAGGCAUGGGGAUGAGGUACAAAGUUCUUCAAAUCCUCGUACAAUGAUCUCUUGGUUGAUUGACAACGUGGUACUUUUAGAAUCCAAGGUGUUCUGCCGUGGUAGAUAUAAUGUGGUGAAAAAAGGUAAACUAUUGCAUUGUGGCAUAGAAUGUGAUUGUUGUGGUUUGGUUUUCGGCCCCACUAACUUUGAGGCUCAUGCUGGUUGUGCAAAGCACCGUCCAUCUACUAGUAUCUUCUUGGAAGAUAGAAGAUCACUGUUGGAUUGCCAAAGGGAAGCUUUGAGUAGUUCACAACAAAAAAACCAUGAUGCUGUUAUGCAGAGAGACAAUGUUUAUAAAGACAAUGACAGCAUCUGUUCUAUAUGUCGUUAUGGUGGUGAAUUGAUGCUUUGUGAUAGAUGCCCAUCCUCAUUCCAUCUCAGUUGUCUAGGUCUUGAGCAAGUUCCUGAUGGUGAUUGGUUUUGCCCACCAUGUUGCUGCAAAAUAUGCAACAAACCAAAAUAUGGAGAAGAUUGUGCAGAUAAUGUGGAUUGCAGUAUGCUCGUUUGUGAUCAAUGUGAGCACAAAUACCACAUUGGGUGCCUAAAGACUAGAGGCUUUACCAGUAACUUGGAAAACCAACCUAAUAAGAAUUGGUUCUGCAAUGAUGCUUGUGAGAACAUAUUUUUCAGUCUACAAAAGCUGAUAGGGAAACCAAUUCCCGUGGGUGCUGAUAAUCUUACUUGGAUAUUGUUGAAGACCCCGAAAAGUGAUAACCAUGGAGAUCUUACUUCUGAAGACCUUGAGCGCAUGAGUCAAAUUGAAAGCAAGCUAAGUGUGGCUCUUGGAGUAUUCCAUGAGUGUUUUGAUCCAGUUAUUGAUGAUCUCACUGGGAGAGAUAUCAUAUCAGAUAUUAUGUUCAAUAGAGGUUCAGAACUUAAUCGUUCCAACUUUCGUGGGUUCUACACAAUGAUUUUGGAGAGGAAUGACCAGGUGAUUUCUGCUGCCACCAUAAGAAUUUAUGGUCAGAAGGUUGCUGAGCUACCAUUUGUUGCCACCAGGAGGAAGUUUCAAAGACUUGGAAUGUGUAGCAUCUUGAUAAAUGAGCUAGAGAAGCAGUUGACUAACUUGGGAAUUGAGAGGAUGAUUUUGCCUUCCUCUCCCAGUGUGAUAGACACUUGGACAAACUCAUUUGGCUUUGCAAGGAUGACAGAUUUGGAUAAGUCUCAAUUUCUUGACUACACUUUUCUAGACUUCCAAGACACCACUAUGUGCCACAAAUUUUUGAUGAAACCUUCAAUCAAAUGUUUUGAUGGGUAUGUGACAUGCCCCCAAUUUGGCUGGCCUAAACCUUGUAUCGAGCAAUGA